GUAAAACAAUGAACAGUCAACAAUUAACUCAUCGAUCACACGAUUGAGUGGCUGAUCCAAUAUUACAUUUUGCAGUGAAAAAAAGUGUAUAAUAAUGAAAAUUUCACACGCCCAAGUACGUUUUUUUGACGACAAGAAGAUAGUGAUAGUUAAAACCAGCGCUAUUCGUAAUUUUCAUCCAAAAAAUGUUAACGAUUUUAACAAACGUAACCUCUAUGAUGUGAAAUGGACGGAUGGUGAUGAAAAUGAUCACAAUAAUGGAAAAUAUUUCAUGGCACAGAUUCUCUUCCUGGGAACAAGCAUUACGGACGUACAGGAGAAGUCGAAUAAAGGCAGACUGAAAUUUACCAAAGCAGAUACUAAUGAAAUAUUUGAUGAUAUGUCAGAUGUAGAAGAAAAUGAGGAAGACAAAGAGAGGAAAAAAAAAUUAAAGCCAUCUGAACUUGCAGAGAUACCGCCCUGGUAA